CUAGAAGAAGGAUCCCCUGGUGACAUCCUGGCAAGCCCACCUGAGGCUGCAGUUCCUGGGGAACAAGAGCCCAUGGUGGAUGCUGGAGAUCCAGGCUGUAUAGAACAGGAAAUGAGUCCAGCUGUCAAGACCAAGGAUCCUGGCUCUGAUGGACAGUUACCAGGAGGGACAGGAAUGCUGCCUUCACAGGCACAGCCCAUGAACCAAAGGGUAGUGGGAUUGAGCAGCCUGAACUGCCAUCAAGACUUUGAAGGCCUCAGUCUGUCCCCUCAUACCUCCUCUCAGCUAGAGCAUAGCCAUGCAGCUAGUGAUCUUCCCCAGAGGACCAAGGCCUGUCCUAGCAGCCCAGGAAUUCCCAUAAUUCUGGCAGGACAGGAGCAGUCAGUUCCCAGUUCUAGAGAUCAGGCUACAUGGCCGGAGUCCUCAGCAAUGGAACUAGACUUUCUGCCCGACAGUCAGAUACAAGACGCCAUGGAUGCCCCCAACGUGGAGGUCCUACUUGAGCAGGGUUUUCCUGCAGAGAGUGUGCCAGGCCUUGGUUGGCCUUCCCCUAGCCCAGAUGCCAUCAGAGGAUCCCUGAAGGCAGUGACCAGAGCUCAGCCUAGACCCCCUACAGAGACCUGGGCCCAGGAGGCCUGCAGGAUGCAGGAUGCCACAUACACAGUGCACAGCCUUGUGAUGGAGCUCUCCAGUCUCAAUCGGCUGAUUAUGAGCACCCUCCGGGACCUGGAGGCCUUCAAGCGCAGGAAGGCCAGGCCUCUGCCUUACCUGACAAAGGAGUUGGCGAGCCUUGCUAAAGGGGAUCAGGGCUGGAGGGACCUGUAGGCUGCUCCAGCCUGCGACCCCACAAACCCUCCAGGCCUAUGGGGGCCGUCAGCUUACCUGGAGUUCCAUAUGCCGAGGCUGAGGGUACCUGAGCUUCAGGAAGUCCUCUGACAGCUCAGCCCUGCCCCAGAAGCCCAGGCUCCUGAGCUGAGCUGCAGUUCUUCCCAGCUGUUGCCGUGGACGAGUGGA